GAUGUUUGAGCUCCUUCUUUUGUCGUUCGUGUGUGGUUGUGUGGUGCGGGUGGGUAGUCAUUUGACCUGAAAAGAUGCCUAAGAAACCGCAGCAAGGUAGAAAGCGAAAAAGACAAGAGUUGUUCAUCGUAGACCGAAUAUUGGAUCACCGCACCAUUGUAGGCAAGAAGGAAUAUCUUGUCAAAUGGGACGGCUACCCAAAAGAAAGCCCUACAUGGGAACCGGAGCGAAAUCUUCGCCACAAUGUCGUGCUGAACAAUUAUAAACUGGCAAACGGUCUGGUCGCAACGCUCAGCGAUCAGCCGACGAUUCUGAUGACCUGUGACAACGCUGACGACGCGUCGAGCGAGCAGGUCGCACCGCUCAGCGAUCAGCCGACGAUUCUGAUGGCCUGUGACAACGCUGACGACGCGUCGAGCAACGCUGACGACGCGUCGAUCAACGCUGACGACGCGUCGAGCGAGCAGGUCGCACCGCUCAGCGAUCAGCCGACGAUUCUGAUGACCUGUGACAACGCUGACGACGCGUCGAGCGAGCAGGUCGCACCGCUCAGCGAUCAGCCGACGAUUCUGAUGACCUGUGACAACGCUGACGACGCGUCGAGCGAGCAGGUCGCAACGCUCAGCGAUCAGCCGACGAUUCUGAUGACCUGUGACAACGCUGACGACGCGUCGAGCGAGCAGGUCGCAAGGCUCAGCGAUCAGCCGACGAUUCUGAUGACCUGUGACAACGCUGACGACGCGUCGAGCGAGCAGGUCGCACCGCUCAGCGAUCAGCCGACGAUUCUGAUGACCUGUGACAACGCUGACGACGCGUCGAGCGAGCAGAGGAUGAUCUCUGGAAAUCGGCAUUCGACUCCGGCAAUAUAAUGAUACUCAUCAAGGAGGGUGCAACUAAGGAUGAAGCACUGGCGGCAGUCAAGGUCACGUUUCCGUCGGACGAAAAGGCUGAGGAGAAAGGUGGUACUGCACGAGGCCGGCGCAUAUGCCAUAUGUGCGGAUUUCACUUUAAGGACUCCAGGAUAGCACAGCACUUCCGGCGACGUCAUAAGAUUACCGAUCCUGCCAGCCUUAAGUCGGUGAAAGAGGACAUGAAGAGAUUUUCAAAGGAGCUUCUAGAAAAGAAACCAAAGAUGCCGGAGAAGUUGACGUGCGCCGAGUGCGGAGCUCAGGUACAUCACCUUAUGCUCCACAUGAAACGGUACCACAAGGUCACAGAUCGUGCAGCGAGGAAGACUGCUCGGGACGCAGCAUUCGCCAACGAAAUGGAAUUGAUGCUUCUGCGAGCGUGCACCGGCGACGAGGGACCGAAGGAGGCCACGAACACAGGCGCAACUGCUUCUCUCCUGGACAAGUUCUCUGAAAGUAAAGCUGGUUGGCGCCGCACCCCAACGACGGCCCGGCGGCAAGAAAAACAGCUUCGGUCUCUUCUGAGCGAUGUGGCCGAAACCUGUGGCGAGAGAGACGCGUCAACGAUUCUUCGUCUCCACUUGGACGAUGUGGAAAAUGCUCUUCUGCAGAAGCUCCCUAACCAUCCAGCACAAGUUAAAUCGACUGUAAUCGCUCUACUGGAGUUCUCACGUUUCGUGAGCGUUAGGGAGCCAGACAACAACGCGGCGUGGGAUGCAACGCUGCGCAGACUCGAGGUCUGGAAAAGAGACGCAACGCUCAUGGACCAUCACCGCCAAGCGGACCUCCAAGAUCGCAUGGGCGAUGAGGAAUAUUUGCCAUCAAAGGAAGAACUGACCUUACUUCGAGUCAAGACACUGGAAGAGCUCGAAAAAAUGCAAAAAACUGUGAUUUCUAAGAGAGGCGACGCGGUGAAGCUGAGGCGACUUCUAACUACAGCCAUUCUUCUCGAUAACUUCCAACGAUCUGGCACUAUCAUCAACGCUACGUUGGCCCAAUACCAUGACUGUAAGGAGGGCAUCAUCAGGGUCAAAGAGCAUAAGAGCAGGGCAUCCUACGGCUCUGCCAACCUAGUGAUCACGGAUGUAGCGUCAUACCUAGACUUCUACGUCGCUCAGGCCAGGUCUUUUUUGACUAAAGAUGAUCACGUGGAUGAGCUUUUCCCCUCGUCGGAUCCUUGGGAGGAUUUGGGUCUUGUGUGUGCCAUGUUUGGUGUGAGGAAGUUUAGCCCCACCAUUCUCCGAAAAGCUGCAUCAACGGCAGCCUACAGUGACCUCCCGGAGCUGGAACGCCGCCAGGUGGCGAAUCAUAUGACGCAUCGUCCGGAAACAGCGUUUAAGGCUUAUGCGGCCAAAAACCGGCGGGCCGAUGCUGUAAGGAGUGUCGAAAGGAUGAAACGUGUCAUGUACAGUGAGACGAGCGUGUCUGACGCGAAGGAUGACGAGCGCAGCACGAUACCGAGUUCUGCGGGCGCUUUGGAGCGCCAAAGCCGCGCCAGAGUUCCAUUUUCUUUACGGCAGGAGAUAGUCAUCGAGCGAGAGGCCAGGCGUAUUCGCGAUAAAAAUAUGUUUGUGACCACUUCUGUGGUGAUGGCUCUCAUGGCGCGUCAUAAGGCCCUCUUUGAGGAUAGGAGCCCGCGCUGCGUCGAGAACAGAUUGCGUACAGCAGUUCGGGGCCUUCGCACGUUCGCGAGCCGCUAAACUGAUCGACGCGGGCUGCUCUGAAUGCAGCAGAAGGAGAGGGGUGUAUGAUUUCAGUUUGCGCUUCAUUGAACUACAUGGAACGUGUACUAUUAUGCACGCAUCUCGUUAGACCCCAGUGAAGGGGUGGGGUGGGGGUGUUUCGUUCGCUGGAGCCAUUGGUGCAACACAUGCAGUCUGUUCUCGACUCAUUGAAGAAUGUUUUUCGUUCGUAUAUUUGUGAGCCACUGACCUGCUGAAAGCAGUCUGUUCUCAAUGUGAACCUAAGUUCAUUGAACUACAUGGAACGUGUAACAUGCGCGCAUCUCGUUCGACUCCAUUGAAGGAGUGGGGUUGUUCCGUUCGCUGGAGGCAUUGCUGUAAUACAUCCAGCCUGUUCUCGACUCA